AUGGACCCCGAGUUCGCCCAGACGCACGGGCUGGUGCGGGACUACCUGCGGUGGGUGCUGCGGGCCUCGGGCCCCGCGCCGGAGCCGGGCCGCGCCGCCCGCGCCCUGCGCAGCGCGGCCGCCUCGGCGCAGCGGGAGGUGGAGCGGCGCCUGCCGCGCGCGCUGGCCGGCCUGCGCGUGGCCUCGCCGGACGCGGCGCGGGCCGCCUUCGACCGGGUGAUGGCCCGGGAGUUUGAGGACGGCGUCCUGAACUGGGGCCGCAUCGUGACCGUCCUCGCCUUCUCGGGGGUCCUCGUCAAGAAGCUGCCCGCCGAGCAGCGCGCCGCGGGCGCGGGCGCCGACCCCGUCUCGCUCUUCGUGGCCGAGUUCCUCAUGCGCGUGGCGGGGGACUGGAUGAGGCGGAACGGAGGCUGGGAAAAUGGUUUCUUGAAGAAGUUUGAAACAAAAUCGUGCUGGCUGACGUUUCUGGAGGUGACAGGGCAGCUCUUCGAGAUGUUUUCUCUUCUGAAGCAAUAUUACUGACCAUGAAGAUCACUGCAAAGAUCACCAGUGCAGGCCACAACACUUGUGCAGCCUGGAUUUGAACUAUUUUGAAACAUUGGUGAUGCAACUUACUUGGAAAGUCAAGUAUUGUACAAUGUACAAGGGUGUACACUUUGUCUCCAUUUGAAUGAAUAAACCCUACGUAUUUGUAUUCAUA